GUAAUUAAAACGAGCGAUUAAUUUGAUAUAAGUUCAGAACUCAUAAACUUUAAAUCCUGAUUCAGCGUUCGAUAAUAUCUGAGAAAAAAUUCUACAUGCCCAAAACAAUUCACACACAUAGGUACCUAAGCAAAACUUCAUCAUCUAUAUAAAGAGAACUCCUAAUAGACCAAAAUGCAAACCAAAUUAAACCACAUAUCAAUUAAAAUUGAAAUAAUAAAAAUGUUGAAGCCUCAACUUCAACAAUCUACAAAAACCCUAAUUCCAUCUUGGAAUACUAGUACAUUAUUCUUAGCCUCUUUUCCCAUAAAUAUUUUUAAUAAAAACUUUAUACUUAAAAAAAAGAAUAAUUUUAGGGUUCAUCAUAAUUAUAAUGGUGCAAAUACCAUUAAGGCUGUGCUUAAUUCUACUGAAAAAUCCAUAGGUGUUAAAGCUGUGGUGACUGUCCAAAAACAAGUUAAUUUAAAUUUAUCAAGAGGACUUGAUGAUAUUGGUGAUUUACUUGGUAAAUCACUACUUCUAUGGAUUGUUGCUGCUGAACUUGAUCAUAAGACUGGACUCGAAAAGCCAAGCAUUAGGUCAUAUGCUCAUCGUGGACUAGAUGUGGAUGGUGACACAUAUUAUGAGGCUGAUUUUGUAAUUCCUGAAGACUUUGGGGAGGUUGGUGCAAUUUUAGUAGAAAAUGAGCACCACAAGGAAAUGUAUGUGAAAAAUAUAGUAAUUGACGGUUUUGUCCAUGGCAAAGUUGAAAUUACAUGCAACUCUUGGGUUCAUUCCAAAUUUGAUAAUCCUGAUAAAAGGAUUUUCUUCACAAAUAAGUCAUAUUUACCAUCUCAAACCCCAAGUGGAGUAAUUAGGUUAAGAGAGGAAGAACUCGUGACAUUAAGAGGUGAUGGAGUUGGAGAAAGAAAAGUAUUUGAGAGGAUUUAUGAUUAUGAUGUUUAUAAUGAUCUCGGAGAAGUCGAUAGUAAUAAUGAUGAUGCUAAAAGACCAAUACUUGGUGGAAAAAAAUUACCAUAUCCUAGAAGGUGUAGAACCGGUCGACAAAGAAGUAAAAAAGAUCCAUUAUAUGAAACAAGGAGUAACUUUGUGUAUGUACCAAGAGAUGAAGCAUUUUCAGCAGUGAAGAGUUUAACAUUCUCCGGCAACACCGUUUACUCCGCCCUACACGCGGUGGUGCCGGCAUUGGAAUCGGUCGUAUCCGAUCCCGACCUAGGGUUUCCACAUUUUCCGGCCAUUGACUCGCUUUUCAAUGUGGGUGUCGAUAUGCCAGGACUUAGUGAUAAAAAAAGUAGUCUUUUUAACAUCGUACCAAGGCUUAUUAAGUCUAUUUCUGAAACUGGAAAAGAUGUCUUGCUCUUUGAAUCUCCUCAAUUGGUCCAAAGGGACACAUUUUCUUGGUUUAGAGAUGUGGAAUUUGCUAGACAAACCUUAGCUGGUUUGAAUCCAUAUAGUAUCCGAUUGGUUACGGAAUGGCCAUUGAGGAGCAAGCUAGACCCUAAGGUGUAUGGACCUCCUGAAUCAGAAAUCACAAAAGAGCUUAUUGAGAAUGAAAUUGGAAACAAUAUGACUGUUGAACAGGCCGUUCAACAAAAGAAGUUGUUCAUCCUCGAUUAUCAUGAUUUGUUAUUGCCAUAUGUGAACAAAGUGAAUGAACUCAAAGGGUCAGUAUUAUAUGGAUCAAGAACUAUAUUCUUCUUGACACCUCAUGGCACAUUGAAACCUUUGGCCAUUGAGCUAACUAGGCCACCAAUAGAUGACAAACCUCAAUGGAAGGAAGUUUAUUCCCCAAAUGAUUGGAAUGCCACUGGGGCUUGGCUAUGGAAAUUGGCUAAAGCUCAUGUUCUUUCUCAUGACUCUGGAUAUCAUCAACUAGUUAGUCACUGGCUAAGAACUCAUUGUUGUACAGAGCCAUAUAUUAUUGCAACAAAUAGGCAACUAAGUGCAAUGCAUCCAAUAUAUAGAUUGUUGCAUCCUCAUUUCAGAUACACAAUGGAGAUAAAUGCCUUAGCUAGAGAAGCACUUAUUAAUGCUAAUGGAAUUAUUGAGAGUACAUUUUUCCCAGGCAAGUAUUCAAUGGAGUUGAGUUCUAUUGCCUAUGGUCUUGAAUGGAGAUUUGACCAAGAGGCACUCCCACAAAACCUUAUUAGUAGGGUAUUGGCAGAGGAAGAUCCAAAUGAACCACAUGGCUUGAAACUAGCAAUAGAAGAUUACCCUUUUGCUAAUGAUGGUUUAGUACUUUGGGACAUACUUAAACAAUGGGUAACAAAUUAUGUAAACCAUUAUUAUCCACAAACAAAUCUCAUUGAAUCUGAUAAAGAACUCCAAGCUUGGUGGUCAGAGAUUAAAAAUGUUGGACAUGGUGACAAGAAAGAUGAGCCAUGGUGGCCAGAGUUAAAAACUCCAAAUGACUUAAUUGGUAUUAUCACAACAAUAGUUUGGGUAACUUCUGGCCAUCAUGCAGCUGUUAACUUUGGCCAAUAUAGCUAUGGAGGGGGAGGCACAAAACAACACAAGUAGGAUACAACACCUACAAGGAUCGACUUCAAGACAAUCAACCAAAUAUACUUCACCAAUUUACCAAAAGAAAUUCACCACUAUAUUAACCAAGCUCAAAUCAGCAACACAUCAAUUGAAUCACAAGCAAAUAUGAAUUAUAAAUACGCAAGUGACACACAAGAUUUAUACGUGGAAAACCCCUUCGGUAUGAAGGAUAAAAACCACGGGACUUGAAGGAGUCCACCCUUCUUCUUCUCUUAUUAUGCAAAUUGAGGGUAAAAACACCCAACUCAGUCUACAAGGAUGUCACAGCCCACCAACAACAACAUACAUAAGAGCCAACACAAAAGAGAAGAGAAAUUGGGAAAUAUCACCAAGAAAAACGCAGGUUACGCCAGCAGCAAUAACAGACGAUCAAGAACUCCGAUUGACGAUCUGAACGGUCAAGAUGUAGUGCUAUGUGUUGUGAACCAGCUGUGAAAAUUUCAGAACGAUCCAACGGUCGGAUCUCCGGAAAACUGAAAUUUUGUCAAGGCUGUCCAGAAAGUCUGCACUCCAACCCUCUCUCAAA